GCCCACCAUGAUGAUCGGGCAGCUUUAUGCCAUUAAUAAAGUUGUCCAUCAGAUUUUGGAUACCCUCAAGUCCGUUCGCUCGCCGGACAACUCAAUCUCUGUAUCUCUCCUCGCCUACACCGGUAUACAAUAUGUCAUCGCUCUCAUCUUCAAACCUAGUCCGCCUCCUAAGCACUUGAAGCGUCCUUAUGGUCGCAUCGCGGUCAUCGGCGCUGGUCUGACUGGUGUCUCCUCUGCUGCGCACGCUAUAUCGCAUGGCUUUGAAGUCGUUAUUUAUGAGGCUUCCAGCCGCCCAGGCGGCAUCUGGACUCGCGAGAACAAGACGUCGGCGGUGCAGCUUAACUCGAUCAUGUAUCGCUUCCACCCGGCUGUCGUAUGGCGAAGUUUCUUUCCCUCUCGCGACGAGGUUUUGGAUCAGGUCGACAAAGUCUGGAAAGAGUACAGGCUCAGGGAGCGUACUCGGCUCAAUACACCCGUAACCAAAGUGGAACGGAAACCACGUCUCGAACCACACGGUGGUGACACAUCUCACUCGCAAUGGAUCAUUAACAACGGUGAAGAUGGUCCGUUUGACGCGAUCAUCGUCACCAUCGGCACAUGCGGCGAGGCGAACUGGGCUAAGGAUGCGGACGCGGAUGCGAUCGCGGAAACGGCUACUUUCGAAGGCUUUGAGGGCCCAGUGCUGCAUUCGUCCGAGCUGGACCACGUCACUGCGGACAUGGUCCGUGGGAAGACCGUGCUUGUCGUCGGCAGCGGCGCGUCGGGCGUCGAGGCGGUCGAGACGAUGCUCGAGCGCGGGGCAGGGCGGUGUGUUAUGCUUGCGAGGAGCGAUAAUUGGAUCAUCCCGCGGAGCGUCGCGUUUGACGUUGCGUUUUCUUCUCAGCCGUUCUGGCGCUGGAUGCCUUUAAGGCGCGUUCAUGGAUCCUUUGUAUGGGAGUGGUACCUACGCAAAUACCAGUAUCACGGCGUCGAGGCGCUCAUGCCCAAGAACAAGAGCAUAUACUCUGAUACUCCGAUCGCAAACGAUAUCUUCCUGAAUCACGUCCGUGCAGGCCGAUGCACCUACCUGCGCGGCAAGACCGUUCGCUUUACAAAGCGCGGCGCGCUCGUGGACAUACAUGAUCACAACCACCCCUCAGAAGAAAUCGACGCAGACGUUGUGAUCCUCGCGACGGGGUACAAGAAGCCCUCCUUUGACUUCUUGCCCAAGGACCUGUUUCCGGCGGGAUACGACGGGCCGAACCUAUACCUGCAGAACUUCUGCACGGAGGACUGGUCGUGUGUCAUGACGAACUCCACGUUUGUGAACGCGCUGUCGUCGGCUGGGUUUGCGCAUAUUGGCUUUUACACGCGUAUUCUUCUGAUGCUUCUUCUCGACGCGAGCGCCCGGCCAACCGAGAAGGACAUGAAGCGCUGGGUCGACAAGAAACGCAGCGCAAGGGGCGGUGGCCUGACGUUUUUUUCGUAUGGUGAAAUCUUGCUCUGGCUGGUCACGUUCAUGUGCGUCCAGACGUCCCGGCUUCGCUGGUUGCCCUUUGUUUUGCCUGGGUGGGGCGUGCAGCCGGAUGACAAGUCACUGUGGCUGGCUUGAAGCGGCGAGAAGGUUCGGCAUCGGCGCCGAGGAGUUCGGGCUGACAAUACAGUAGAUUGCGCUCAAGUCUUUUCCCGGGACAUAGUAGUAGCAAACACUGAUAACAAACUGCGGGCGUG